AUGCCUUCGUCGGUUAAUAACGGUAUUGUUGACAUGUACGCCGACGACACAACUCUCACAGUUAAUGGCAAGACGACUGCGGAUGUCGAACACAAAUUAUCUGUUGCCUUGAUGCAGAUCUCUAGCUGGCUGAAUACAAAUCGUCUUGUUUUAAAUUAUGAUAAAACCAAUGUGAUGAUCAUAGGAUCUAGAGCAAAACUCAAAGACGUCGUCGAUUUCAGAGUGGAGCGAGCGCCCUCUUGGUUUUGUAAACCAGUUCGCGCGCUUUCCACAUUUCGUUAUUCUGUUUUCGGUCGAAGACCAAGUAACACGUUGUCUUCGUUCCUCAACAGAAAUAAACCAGCACAAACUGAGAAUCAGCCGUUCAGCCCGUAUUAUUUAGAAGGGUCACAUUUGGUGGAAGAUCCGGGUACGGGCUUACCAACGGCAGGCAACGAUCACCCGACAAUCCUGUACCUUGUCGACGGCCAAGACAUCUAUCCUGUAGACGACCGGGAAGAGGAUCUCGCCCCAAGGAGUGUGACGGCAGCAUCAGCCGGGGUGCGGGUAGCACCGCAGACAGGGUAGCUGCAGAGCCCUGUUCCAGGCCAACCCGUCCCCGACUCAAGACGUGAAGACGAGCCCGUGUUCCUCACCGUCCGGUAACACCAACCAACACCAUCAUCAGUUGCAACGGACCGCUGUGUUUCCCGUAUUCCAGGACGUGAAGGACCUUGCCAAGCCAUCCCCAUACCGUCAGCGAGCCUUGAGCGCCAGCCUACCGGAAACGUCAGCGAGCUGACCCGUCUACCGAAUACUGUCACCCCGCCUGGAGCGCCCAUCUAACGGAAAAGUUCGUCCAUCCACUAGCAGAACUGUUGGAACUACUGGCCGACGCUGACAUUCACAAGUCAAGAACUAUUUACCGCGAACUUUCUGAAA